CCUAACGUGCUCCAGUCCAGUGCUCCAGUCCAGGUUUUGCGUCGACUCGGCCGCUGGGAGGAAGUGCAGCUCUCAGAAAAGCCUGAAUUUCACUUCACGACGCGCCGCGGGACUCAGCUCACUCACACACAAGCACUAAAACAAGAAAAUAGUCGUCUAUUCCCAUCUGGAUUAACCACAGGGAAUCCUCAAGAAGCACUCUCUCCUGGAGGAACCGAGCGGAACCGGACUGGAGUGUUUUAUGUGGACGGAUAUAGUGUUUUUGUUGAGCGAUGUCGGAAGAGAUCAAGACUUGGAUCUGCGACCCAAACGCGGAUGGGAACCAAAAGAGUGGUUUCUCUCGGCAGUAACAUCGAAAAACCCAAAGGACAUUUUAAACCCCUGAACGAAUCGUGUCGGGGUUAAAAGCCACGUCGUUUUUCUUAAUCGAAACUCAGUUUCGUUCAUAUAAGCUUGAGUUUGAGACGCACAAGCCAUGCAUAUGAAGUUCCGCAAGAUCUAGCGCAGAGAUUUCAGGGUGAACUCUAUUUUGUGUGUGUUUUUUUUAUCACAACUAAAGCUUUGUUUUUAUAUAUAUAUUCCUGUCUUGCAGUUUCAUCUGACCACGUUUUGUGGCACCAUCGCGACCUUUUUUUUUUUUUUUUUUAGAAAAAGGAAACUCGGAUUUCGUUCACAUUCGCUUAUUUCCUUUUCUAGCGCCCCCCUCUCUUCUGUAGGUUACAGUGGAGCAAUAUCUCAGUCGUUUUCUGCUUAGAGCACACCUCUCAUUACAUAAAUGCAUUGACGAGCAAGCAAAUCCAGUUUAAGAGAGAAACUGCAUUGCACUGCACGAGGCAAUGGACUUGCCACAUCGAAACUAAUCCAGUUUAAAUUUGGCCCUUUGAUGGGCUUCUAAAUUCAAGACGACCAGCUUGGAUCAGCAAAGAGGAGUGACAGAUAUCAAACAUCGAACCACAAAAUGGGGAUUUGUUUGUGAUAUUACCAGGAUAUUCACACAAAUGCAUGUGCUUUUUCGAUCUUGAAUGCUUUUUGGAUAUUCAGAAAACAAUCCAGCCGCCCGUGUCGCAUCGAUAGCCAUUAUUUAUGUUUCUCCAACCACUGGGCUUCAGAUUUCCACCAUCUUUCCGCCUUUUAAGAAGAGGAGGAUUCACAUUACACUUGUUUUAUGUGGUCUGUUUACGUGCUGUCAACUGGUUAAUGUGAUUGAACAGGGAAAUAUCGGCGUCCAUUUUCAUGCAUUGGUGAUUUGUCAGUUUUGCAGCGAGCUGGCUUGCUUUAUUCGAAUGCCUUAAGGAGAUCGUCUUAUCCGCUCGUUUACGACUUAUGUUCUAUAUCUUGUUGGCUUUAACGGGAUCGCAUCGACGUUUUGAAUUGAGCAUCAUCCAUUUGUGACACUGACUGGCCAGCUUGCAUGCGUUUGUAGUUAACCAGUCCGUUAUUUCCAUUCAUCUGCACAGACAGUGGCUUAAUGAAAUUAACUCGCAUGUCAUUAUUUUGACGGUAGUUACACCGGCAGGUGGGUCGUUGGCGUUAAACUCACCCAAAGGGGGGUGGGUGCUGGAUGGGGGGUUCGAUUAAUCGAUAUUAUCGUUAUACCCAUCUAGAAAUAUCAUUGUUUUGGAAAUUUCUGGACUUUGGGGUGAUGCCAUGCACGUAUAUUUCUCCUCUCUGAAACAAGAAGCCAUUUCUGCAACUCCAGUGGACUUGAGGGUGACGUUGCUUCAUAAAUAAGCAACCUAUAGAUCUUCUAUUCCGGGUGGACUUUUUGUUGUUGUUCUUCCUUCUGCUUUUCUUCGUCUAUUUUCAGCCGCGAUGGUUGAUUUCUGAGAGACUUUUGAGGAAAAAAAGAUUAUAAAAGAACUGAGGCUGGGAUCGAUGUUCGCGCCUCUCACGCGCAUCACCACCAUAAUCAUCACCACAGCUCCCGCGCUCGUCUCGUGCUGAGUCCGCCCACCGUCCCCUCACUGCCGGUCCUGGUACUGUUAGCGACUCGGUUCGAACCAGAGGGCUCGAAGAUGGCGGACCUCGAAGCGGUUCUCGCCGAUGUCAGCUACCUGAUGGCGAUGGAGAAGAGCAAAUCUACUCCAGCGGCCCGCGCGAGCAAGAAAAUCAUCCUUCCAGAACCUAGUAUUCGGAGUGUCAUGCAGAAGUACCUGGAAGAAAGGGAUGAACUGACCUUUGACAAAAUCUUCAACCAGAAGAUUGGUUUCCUCUUGUUCAAGGAUUUCUGUAUGAACGAGAUCGACGAGGCCCUUCCGCAGCUAAAGUUUUAUGAGGAGAUUAAAGAGUAUGAGAAGUUGGAUUCAGAAGAAGAGAGGCUAACUCGCAGUCGACAGAUUUAUGACGUGUACAUUAUGAAGGAGCUUCUGUCAUGUUCACAUCCCUUCUCUAAGAAUGCAGUAGACCAUGUCCAGACUCACCUAGCAAAGAAACAAGUUCCUCCAAAUCUCUUUCAGCCAUACAUAGUUGAGAUCUGUGACAGUCUUCGAGGAAAGAUCUUUGAGAAGUUCAUUGAAAGUGACAAGUUCACACGUUUUUGCCAGUGGAAGAAUGUAGAGCUCAACAUCCAUUUGACGAUGAAUGACUUCAGUGUGCAUCGGAUCAUCGGCAGAGGGGGGUUCGGAGAGGUUUACGGAUGCAGGAAAGCAGACACAGGGAAAAUGUAUGCCAUGAAGUGUUUGGAUAAAAAGCGAAUCAAAAUGAAGCAGGGAGAAACGCUGGCGCUCAAUGAGAGAAUCAUGCUGUCGUUGGUUAGCACCGGGGACUGUCCUUUCAUAGUGUGUAUGACGUAUGCCUUCCACACUCCUGAUAAGCUGUGUUUCAUCCUGGACUUGAUGAAUGGUGGAGACCUUCACUAUCACCUGUCUCAGCAUGGCGUCUUCAGCGAGAAAGAUAUGCGAUUUUAUGCAGCUGAGAUCAUACUGGGCCUCGAACACAUGCACAAUCGAUUCGUUGUCUACAGAGACCUCAAGCCUGCAAAUAUCCUCUUAGACGAACAUGGACAUGUUCGCAUUUCUGACCUGGGCCUGGCCUGCGAUUUCUCCAAAAAGAAGCCUCACGCCAGCGUAGGUACCCAUGGCUACAUGGCACCUGAGGUUCUGCAGAAAGGAACAGCGUAUGACAGCAGUGCCGACUGGUUCUCUCUGGGCUGCAUGCUGUUCAAACUCUUGCGAGGGCACAGUCCAUUCAGGCAGCACAAGACCAAAGACAAACAUGAGAUUGACCGCAUGACCCUAACCAUGAAUGUGGAGUUGCCUGACUCCUUCACACCUGAGCUCAAGUCCCUCUUGGAAGGACUCUUGCAGCGAGACGUCGCCAAAAGAUUGGGGUGUCUAGGACAGGGGGCAUCAGAGGUUAAGGAGCACGUGUUCUUCAAGGGAAUCGAUUGGCAGCAGGUCUAUCUUCAGAAGUACCCUCCACCCCUCAUUCCCCCCAGAGGAGAAGUCAACGCUGCAGACGCCUUUGACAUCGGCUCCUUCGAUGAGGAGGACACCAAGGGAAUUAAGCUUCUUGACAGUGAUCAGGAGCUCUAUAAGAACUUUCCUCUGGUGAUCUCGGAGCGCUGGCAGCAGGAGGUGGCCGAGACGGUGUAUGAAGCCGUCAAUAGCGACACGGAUAAGAACGAGGCACGCAAGCGGGCCAAAAACAAGCAGCAGGGCCAAGAAGAGGACUAUGCCCUGGGGAAGGACUGUAUCAUGCACGGCUACAUGCUAAAGCUAGGAAACCCCUUCCUGACACAGUGGCAACGGCGGUAUUUCUACCUAUUCCCCAACCGUGUCGAGUGGAGAGGUGAAGGAGAGUCUCGGCAAAACCUGCUGACCAUGGAGCAGAUCGUGACUGUGGAGGAGACGCAGAUCAAGGACAAAAAGUGCAUCCUGCUGAGGAUCAAAGGAGGGAAACAGUUUGUCCUGCAGUGCGAGAGUGACCCAGAGUUCAUACAGUGGAAGAAGGAGCUUACCGAAGCAUUCACAGAGGCCCAGAAGCUGCUGCGUCGUGCCCCCAAAGUCAUCGGCAAGGGGCGAACCAAUGUUGUGGAACUGUCCAAGCCCCCGCUCGCGCACCGCAACAGCAACGGCCUGUGAGCCGCCCACCUCCCGCCGCCCUUGUCCAACACUCCUCUCCAUCCUCUUCAAUGACACACACAUGCACAUGCUCUCACACACUCUCUCUCUCCCAGCAAAACGCUUCCCAACCGGCACAGCAAGCUGCCACAUGGUCCGUCUCAGAAGGUUCUGCUGGACUGUGCCCUGCUGUUCCUCAACUGUUCGUCAAUCAAAUGCGCGCACACACACACAGUUCAUUGCAACAUGACACACUGGGGUGGGCGUCACUCCAGGAUUAUGUUAAAGAACAAUCGGUGAUGUCAGUACUGAAUCUGGGACCUCGUUUUGACCAGUGGUGCAGGCUGGUAUACUGCGCCCCUUUUGUGAGCAUGUCGUUCCUUCUGUGAUCCCCACGUUCUCCUUGCACACAGCGGCAUGCCCAUACAUUAGCAAAGAAAGAGGCCUCUGCUGUAAUAAUGUCCGCUUGGAGCUUCUCUUUCAAGCGGCAGUGUACUAGAGCCAGACAGUAUCAGUACCUCUGUUAGAGGGAAACUAGAGCCAUGCGGCCUGAAAGAUCUAAUCAGAUGGAAACGAUCUCAAAAAACGAUGGCUUAAAUGAUAUCACUCCUGUUGUCUUUCAUGUCCUUUGUGGGAACGCCAAGGCCACCUCACUGACUGUGCCGUUCUUGAAGCAUAUGCUUUGCACCACUUUCUGUCAACAUCGUGGGCGCAUGGCAUGCAUGCAGUUUUUUGCUAAACAGACUCUGUUUUGGGGACUCUUGUGGCACACGAUCUUCGUCCCGUACUUGUAAAGUACAGGAUUCUUCGACACUUCCUGAAUAAUUGCCGACAGAUUUAAUGAGCUGCAACGGCGCGUGUUGUGUGCAUCCAAGUUGAGCUCUCAGAGUACUGCGUACAGUGUAAAAAUUAGGGAGCGUUUUUCUUUGUCUUUUUAUUUUUUUGGUGCUCAGUCCUUGUAAACUCCAAACUUGGUUGGGUUGCUCAUGUGCAUUAAGUGCGUGUACUUGUGCGUGUACACAAUGCAAAAAGUAGGUGUUGUCGCUUUAAAGGAAAUUCCCCAAUAUUUUCACCAGGAAGAAUUGUUUUCUUUCACCUUGAAUGUAUUUUUGUUUCUCUUUUUUUUUUGUUCGUGGGUGGAGUGAUUUACGCUGCUUGACACAGUUGGUAGUAAUGUGGCGGGACAUUUGCUAAAACAUGAACUCAACCCCUUCCCCCUAAACCCACAGAAGUGCAAAAAGUGCCAAUGAAAUAAACAUUCGACUUGAGACACCUGAGAAUUCCUCGAGUCCAGGCCGCGUCACCUCCAUCUCCCUGUGAACGGACCCCGAGAACAGUGUUGGAAACUGAACGCACAGAAUUAAAAACUGAACUGCAGACCUCCAGUCAUGUACGAGGACGCCAAUGGAUGGUUGAUGAUGCAUGAUGUUUUGGUUAGAGGGACCACUUGGAGAAAAAAAACAGCAGCAGCAGCAUCCCUGGAGUCUUUUAUCCGACUGUAUAUAUAAAUCCUUUCUCUGUGCAUCUACAGUAUAAUCUUCUUGACAAUGUUUGCAUAUAUGGCGAAUCUGUCUCUGCCUGUCUGUGUUUGUCCCUAUGUCUCAGCUUGGGGGCGGGUGGGGUGGAUAGGGUUCACAUCUGUCAAUCAAUUGGCAGGUGUGUGCAAACCUCAGGCUGAGAACUGUGCGUACGCUCCUCUUUUAGGACCUUCAGUGUGAGAGCGGAGAGUCAGAUGGCUUCUCAUAAUGAGGUGCGAGGAGGUCUUCUGUCUGUCUCUCGUGUGUUUCGUCAUUAUCCAUUCAUGGCAGGCAGACCGUUAUUCAGUACGAUAAUAGUAGGACCCUCGCACUCGCAGGUGUUCGGAAAGGUGGGCUCCCUGGAUCGCGGGAGGAGAGACAACUUAAUGUUUGUUGUAAGGCUUGAUUUAAAUAUAGUUUAAAUUUUUAUAUUGUUUUGAAUGUGACGCAAAUGCAGAUUUCUAUAGAUUACAUAUUUUUUGGAGUAUGUUAUGUGCAUUUAUUUUGGUCUUUUUUUUUUUGGAAUGGAAAAACAAGCAAAGCUUAACAGACAUGAGGUGAUUUAAAAUAAGUGUUUUCAUGUAUAUUCAGGUUUAUUUUUUUCCAUGCAGUAAUUUUCUUUUUCUAUGACUCCCUUCAGUGCAUUUCGAGUGAUUUGCAUGUGGCGCUCUGCAGAAAUUGCAGGGUUUUGGGAGUCGAUCAGUUUUUGUAGCCUGUGUCGGGGAGGUGCCAUCCUGCGGAUGUUUUAAUGCCCUUCAAGGGGCUUUAUUUUGAAACCAAAAUGGCUUGUUUUGAAAUCUAUAUCACUGCACUUUUUCCACAAUGCUUCAUGAGCUGACGAAAAAAAUGUGCCAAACGACUGUAGGAGAAUGUCCUUGAACCAAUGAAAAGCUUGCGUGAUGCUCGCUGGCUGUUUCCAAAACUAAAAUUGGUACGUUUUAACGGGCGAGCGGCGGCGUGUUUGAGAGGGUACAAAAAUGUGACCAAAUUCAGGUGACAUGGAACAAGUAAGCCACGAGGCAAACGAUCCGACGUCAUUGACGAUACGCCUCAGAGCUAGUGACCGGCGGCGGCCGGUACUGUGUUUUGAAACUGCUUACCCAUUUCUCAAAAAUAGGGUGGCACCUCCGCCAGUCCUAAAUAUCCAUGUUUUAUUCAGGGGUUUUAUAUUUUAUUUUAACGGUAGCUUUUCAGUCACUUCGUCAGUGUUUGCUUCAUUCAGUUGCUUGUGUGUCUGUUCCGUAGCGGUGAAUUUUUUGUAUGGGUGAACACAGGUUUCGAAAACGCAAGAGGGCGAUUGAUGGGAAGGAAAAAAAGAAAAACAAACAAACAAAAAUCUAAGUAUAUAUGUGUAUAUGAAAUGAAAACAAAUGAGCUUAGGUUUAUUUAAGACUUUACGACGUAGACACAAAAAAAUCGACUCGGGAAGGGAUCGGGUUCGAUGUUAGUUCAACUAUUUGUGGUGAGAAUCAGCUCAGAUCUUGCACAUAAAAGUUUAGAUAUUGUACCUACGAGUUACAGAUUAUUAUUUUUGUUCGUUUAAUACAGGUCUCUUGCGCUCUUUCAUAUUUAUUGUCUGGUCGGGGAGCUAGUCCCUCUGUGCGUUGGUUUAUCUUGGGCACGGAGCUGUCGAGUAUCUGGGUUUACAGUCAACCAAAACUCUCUAUUUUUCAUGUGCCACAAACAAACGCAAAUACUACUGUCUGGGGUUAUUACCGUUACGCUUAUGAUGAUGAUGAUGAUGAUGAUUAUAGUUAUUGAUAAUAUUAUUCAAUGAAUGAUAAUUGUUAUUAAAAUAAUUUUCUUUUGUUUUCGUUUUUUCAGAACAGCUAGGAACAGUGUGUUGGACUGCUUAUAAAAACAGUUCAGAAAUAAAAGCCCCUUUUUCGUGUUG